UCAGCUGCUACCAGUUAAAUCAGCGCCUAAGUAUAGGGCUGAAUAAAUAAAAAUCCAAGGCCACUUGACAAUGAGUCGCACAGGAUAUACAUGUAUUAGGCACGUCUUUUGCUCUCUGAACGUGCUUGUUUGGUUAUCAGCAUGUGGGAUACUCGGAGCAGUGCUUUGGCUACGAUUAGCCACUUCAGGACUCGCCAAUUUAGUACCACAAUACAAUUUCGCCUCUGCUGACACAGUAUUUUUAAUUAUCGGAGGCGUAACAUUCGUCGUCGCAUUCUUUGGAUGUUGCGGCGCAUGGUUCCAGUCAAGAUUCAUGCUAAUAACCUUACAUUGUUGCGGGGUUCGGGACUACACCGACUGGUUCCAAAUCGACGCCUGGCCGACAGAGGACCGGGUCCCCGACUCGUGCUGCAUAAAGCGGGAGCGCUACUGUGGAAGACUGGACCCGGAAGGUCGGAACAAAGAGUCCUGGUAUAAAGAAGGAUGUGCCGCUGCCAUCCAAACUUGGGUCGUCCAAAGACUCCACGUGCUCGGCUCAGUCGGGCUGAUCGUCGGGUUCCUCCAGCUCUUCGGGCUCGUCACCUCCAUGAUUCUCUUCUGCACCGUGAAGCACAAGCGCGCCUCUCACAGCUACAAGAGCUACGACACAAGUGCCAGCUAG